AAGGAGCGUCAGGUACACGCGUGACCGUCGAUCCUGACCUGCCGCGAGCCGCGACGCGAUCUGGGCCGUCCAUCGUCGCGGGCACUGGGCUCCCUCUUCGCCUACGCGCGCGUGCGCUCACAUACGCCGCACGGUCCCAAAAGGGAAACCCCAGCUCGCCGCUCGCUUCCUCGACCUGCUAUUUUCGGCGAGUUCUCUUGGGAUUCUCCGCGGGUCGGCUCGCAGAGAUCAACAAGGAGUUGGACUGUCGGUAUAACACAUAUCUUUUCCCGUGACCAGAUAAGACAUGGGUCAGAUUUUGGGUUUGGUACAGGUUGAUCAGUCAACGGUAGCCAUCAAGGAAAAUUUUGGCAAGUUUACCGAGGUUCUGGAGCCUGGUUUCCACUUCUUACCCUGGUGCAUAGGGCAGCAGAUUGCUGGUUACCUCUCCUUGCGUGUGCGACAGUUGGAUGUCCGCUGUGAAACAAAAACAAAGGACAACGUCUUCGUCACUGUUGUUGCAUCUGUGCAAUACCGUGCUCUUGCUGACAAGGCCUCUGAUGCCUUUUACAAACUGAGCAACACCAGGGAACAAAUCCAGUCCUACGUAUUUGAUGUCAUUAGAGCUACUGUUCCAAAGCUGAACUUGGAUGAUGCAUUUGAGCAGAAGAAUGACAUCGCAAAAGCUGUUGAAGAGGAGCUUGAAAAGGCAAUGUGUACUUAUGGCUAUGAGAUUGUGCAAACGCUGAUUGUUGAUAUUGAGCCUGACGACCGUGUCAAGAGAGCAAUGAACGAGAUCAAUGCAGCUGCUAGAAUGAGGGUGGCAGCCAAUGAGAAAGCGGAGGCCGAGAAGAUACUGCAGAUCAAGAAAGCCGAAGGAGAGGCGGAGUCCAAGUACCUGGCUGGUGUGGGUAUUGCAAGGCAGCGUCAGGCCAUCGUGGAUGGGCUGAGAGAGAGCGUACUCGCCUUCUCGGAGAACGUCCCCGGCAUCACUGCGAAAGAUAUCAUGGAUAUGGUCCUGGUCACUCAGUACUUCGAUACCAUGAAGGAGAUUGGGGCCUCCUCCAGGUCCACUUCAGUGUUCAUCCCCCAUGGCCCUGGCGCCGUCAAAGAUGUCGCGGAUCAGAUAAGAGAUGGCCUCCUGCAGUCCAAUGUGCACUGAGAUGACAUUGCUUUUGUUUUGCAAGUCAGUAUGAGUUCUGCAUUAUUAUCCUAGUAACAACGAGUAAGAUGAAUGUUAGGGAAGAGUGCUUGGUGAAUAGUUAUGCAUGCACCCUUGCAUAAAAUUGUGAUUUAUUGUUAUACUUGUAUGGAUUGCAACUGGAACUACAUAUUUCUGUAAAAAUUAGUCGUAUUUUGUCUUGGGGUUGCUUGUGUGUGAGCCUGGUGUCCAGACAAGUCAAUUAUCUGGUGAUAUUCUGCUAUGCUCUAUGUUGAUGUGAUAAAUUCAUUUGGAUGAGACUGCCUACAAACUGCUUUUGAGCAAUUCGUUCUG